UGUGUGUGUGUUAUGGCUGUCUGUAUGUCUAAUAUGGCUGGGAACUCUGAGAAACACACUUAAAGCAGUGUUUUCUGUAACACACGAGGCCUUUUGAAGUUGCUGUGUACCUUGAAAAUACCAUUAAUCUGCUGGCAGUAAGUUUAAUUUGUGGGACAAAGCUGAAAUUUCUCAGGUGGACAUGUAAUCCCAAGGGAAGAAGAAGUAAUGGUGUUGUAAGAGAAAUUUAGUGUGCGUUUUGUAACAAGUGCAACAGAAGAGUUGGCUAACCAGAAGUAAGAUAAUUCUGGAGACUUAAGUUGUGUGUGUGAAGGCGAUGCGGUGGCCUACUCGCAAGAGAUUUUCCUGUCACUUGUGUCCAGGUAGUGAGACAAUGCUCGCCUGCUCAUCUCGUGCUUAUUCUAGUGAUAAUAUUUAUGCUUACCCUUGUCCUGUCAUCGUUUGGAGGAUGUUAGACAGCAGCAAGGUAUCCCACACCUCAAGGUUAUGAAUAAACCUAAUAUAACUAGAUAUUUCUGAUCUCAUUGUGAUAACCAAGUCGUUAUAGUGAGGUUGAAAUUAGUGUUGAGUGUGUGUGUGUGUUCACUCGCGUGCAAAGAACACAAGUCAUUGUGACGACAUCCUCGUUAAUGUGACUACAGGCCUAAUCACCCUAGUGUGCUCGGGGCACAGUAAUCACCCCGGGGGCGGAAAAAGUCAAAUCACCAUCGUCAAAAAAAUACUCCCGGUGCAAGAAAAGCAUCUGUGCCGCGUUAGUGAUUUAGUAAAGUUAUGUGAGCAGUUGGUGCGGAUGAGAAGGUGCCAGGUGGGGGUGAAAGGUGUACGUUGGCACACUCUGGGUGCUGGAGCUGGCACUGGUGUUGCGGCACUUGUGUUCUGGGUGCCGUCUGUGUUUUAAGAUGAAGUUGUAAACAAGUGUAGUGUUGGAACACCAUCGUUCAGUCGGUUGGUGGAUGGCGUGAAGUUGUCGGCCCAGUUCCAGCACUGCUCUCGUCUGCUCCACUACCCACUGCUCUCAUCUGCUCCACUACCCACUGCUCUCAUCUGCUCCACUACCCACUGCUCUCAUCUGCUCCACUACCCACUGCUCUCAUCUGCUCCACUACCCGCAUCGUCUGCUCCACUACCCGCAUCGUCUGCUCCACUACCCGCAUUUUCUGCUCCACUACCCGCAUCAUCAUCUCCAUCCCCGCGUAAAGAGCUCGACUGGCAUCUGUUGCACGUGUGUGUGUGUGUGUGUGUGUGUGCAGCGGGGCGGCGCCACGGGCACAGGUGCGGGCAUGGUAGAGCAGCAACAGUGCCGGGUGCCGAGUUGCGUUACUGGCACCAGGAAGAUGGGCGUGCCCUGAGGGCACCGGCCUGGCACUGUGGCCCUCAGACCAUGCUGUGUGUGGCCACCAUGCGCACCGAGCUUGUCAACCUGGAAGGUGCCGACUCUGACUAUGUCUUCAUCAAUAACAUCAAUGGUGAUGAGAUAGUGGCGGUGUACUGCCUGCCUGCAGGUUGGGGCAGCCACAGCGAUGAGAUCAAGACGAGCCAAGGGGGCGUGUCCGGGGACGCCAACAGUGGGGACUCCGCCGUGCCAGGCGCGAUGCCUAUUGGUGGAGACCUGACGGUGGGCGGGGCCGGGGCGCCGCCGCAACCGCCCCUCCUGAACUAUGACCCGGAGUGCGCGCGCAUGGAGGCGUGGCUGGAUGAGCACCAGGACUUCGUCCAUGAUUACUUUAUCAGGAAGGCGUCACGCCACAUGGUGGACAUGUGGCUGGUGUCCCACGCCGUGCCCCAGAACAUUGGCGGCGGCGGCGUGUACAGCGGGGCGGCUGGCGGCGGCGGGGAGGCGGGCGGCGGAGCCUCGGGUCAGCCGCCGGGCUCCAGGACCUCCUCUGGCCCCGAGGCAGGCGGUGGUAGGCUGGCCAGGGCUCGCAGCUACGAGCCUCUCUUCACCAAGUCCACUACAGGAGCUGCCACGCCCGUCAGGAAGAUCUCCGCCCACGAGUUCGAGAAGGGCGGCCUGGUCAAGCCCAUCGUCACUACCAUAGACGGCACGCCCACCUUCCUCUCCCCGCCCGCCGCCUCUGAGAACGUCGCCAUCCUCGCCAAGGUGCGCCGCAAAUCUCGCACAGAGUUGAAGGGGCUGGACGAACGCCAGCUGAUCUUCGAACUGGUGAAGGACAUCUGCAAUGACCUGGACGUGCGCUCCCUCUGCCACAAGAUCCUGCAGAACGUCUCCAUCCUCACCAGCGCCGACAGAUGCUCGUUGUUUCUCGUCCAGGGUGACAAGGAGUCUGAGAACCGGUGCUUGGUCUCCACGCUGUUCGACGUGAACCCGGACUCAACUGUGGAGGAGAUGCAGGAGAAGGAGGAGAUCAGGAUCCCUUGGGGCAGCGGCGUCGUGGGCUACACCGCCCAGUCCGGAGCCAUGGUCAACAUUCCUGAUGCCUACGAGGAUCCUCGCUUCAACCCGAACAUUGAUGGCAAGACUGGGUACAAGACACGCUCCAUGCUGUGUAUGCCUAUCAAGGACAGUGCUGGCGAGGUCAUCGGGGUUGCCCAGGUGAUCAAUAAACACCAGGGUCAGAUCUUCACAACAGCUGAUGAAAAGGUUUUCGAGUCCUACUUACAGUUCUGUGGAAUUGGCCUCAGAAAUGCUCAGCUCUAUGAGCGUUCUCAGCUAGAAGUAAAAAGGAAUCAAGUGCUACUAGAUCUGGCGAGAAUAAUAUUUGAGGAGCAGAGCACAAUAGAGCAGAUGGUGUAUCGCAUCAUGACACACACGCAGAGCCUCCUGCAGUGUGAACGGGUUCAGAUUCUUCUGGUACACGAAGCAUCUCGGGGAGCUUUUUCACGGGUAUUUGACCUGGAAGUGAAGGACCUACAAGGUGAUGAUGCAGAGAGCCGCACUAGUCCCUUUGAGUCUCGCUUCCCUAUCAAUAUUGGAAUUACUGGCCAUGUAGCCACAACAGGAGAGACUGUAUGCAUUGCUGAUGCGUACGAAGAUUCCAAAUUUGACGAGUCGGUGGACGAGAACACGGGAUUUCGUCACCGAUCUGUACUAUGCAUGCCAAUUAAAAACACUGCUGGGAAAACUGUAGGUGUUGUGCAACUCAUCAACAAGUUUGAUAAUCUUCCUUUUACUAAAAAUGACGAAAACUUCCUGGAAGCCUUUGCCAUUUUCUGUGGCAUGGGCAUCCACAACACUCACAUGUAUGAAAAAGCUAUUACAGCAAUGGCUAAACAGAAAGUUACAUUGGAAGUUCUUAGCUAUCAUGCUACAGCCCCCAGAGAAGAUGCCUUAAGACUAAUGAAAUUAAAAAUACCAUCAGCUCAAGCCUUCAAGCUGUAUGACUUCAAGUUUGAUGACUUCAGUCUUGAUGAUGAUGGAAGCUUAAAGGCUUGUUUGAGAAUGUUCUUAGACCUUGAUUUGAUUGGAAGGUUCCACAUAGAGUAUGAGGUUUUGUGCCGGUGGUUGUUAAGUGUCAAGAAGAACUACCGUAACGUGACCUAUCACAAUUGGCGGCAUGCUUUCAACGUUGCCCAGAUGAUGUUUGCCAUUAUCACAACUACACAGUGGUGGAAGGUUUUGGGUGAAUUGGAAUGCUUGGCUCUUUUGGUGGCGUGUUUGUGUCAUGAUCUCGACCACCGAGGCACAAACAAUUCCUUCCAGAUCAAGGCAUCAUCACCUCUGGCUCAGCUGUAUACAACAUCAACUAUGGAACAUCACCACUUUGAUCAAAGUGUUAUGAUCCUCAACUCUGCAGGGAAUCAGAUCCUUAGCAACUGCACCCCUGAUGAGUACUCGAGGGUGAUCAGUGUCAUGGAAGAUGCAAUCCUUGCUACCGACUUGGCAGUCUACUUCAGGAAGCGCGGAGGAUUCUUCUCUAUGGUGAAGGGAAAACAAUAUGACUUCAAGAAGGAAGAGUGUAGAGUCCAGCUUCGUGGUAUGAUGAUGACUAUCUGUGAUAUUGCUGCUAUUACUAAGCCGUGGGCAAUCCAGAAACAGGUUGCUGAGCUUGUAGCUGGAGAAUUCUUUGAGCAGGGAGACAUUGAAAAAGAAGAGCUAAAGAUUACUCCAAUUGAUAUGAUGAAUCGUGAGAAGAAAGAUAAACUCCCACAGAUGCAAGUUCUCUUCAUAGACUCAAUUUGCCUACCAGUGUAUGAGGUCUUUGCUGACUUGACGUCUGAAUUAAAACCAUUGCUCGAAGGGGUUGUGGACAACAGGAAGAACUGGCAAAUGCUUGCCGAUGAAGCCCUGAACAAGGACAGACCUAACAAUAACAACAACAACAACACCAACAACAAUAAUAAUAGCGAUGAUGCAGGUAUGGGUGUUGAAACUGCACCAUCUAGUGACUAAUCAGUGGCCAUAAGAGGAACCAUUAUAUUAGAUUGUACUAAUACCUGCGAUAGUCCUUCCCUAUGCAGGAUACAGAAAUUAAAACAACCACCAGUUAGUAUCAUCCAACCUGUGAAAGGGUUAUUGAAACUGAACAAUUUGUUUGUUUCACACGUUGUUAAUAAAGGAUGAUAAUCAUACUGGGACCCCAUUUCAGUGUACAAAACCUCCUUUUAGGUGCUAGAAUAGAUAAAAAAAAUCAGGUUCAUGUAACACUAGUGGUCACUCAGAUGUGAUUACACAUACAUCGUCAGGUGAGUGAAAUCAGUGCAUGCAAGCAGUUGUGUUCUUUAUAACUGCUUGUUGAAAUAGUUGAUCUGCAUUAUACUGUCUUCAGGAAAUUGUGUUCUGUGUAGUAUGUCAGAUUAGAAUUUUUUAAUGACAAAUGUGCGUAUCCUCUUUAAAUCUGGGAAGAAUUGGACAUGUAUGCAAAUCAAUGCAUAAAACUGACUAAAACGGUAUGUUCUGUUGCACAUAACAGGGCUAAAGUGUAUUUUGUUUAUGCCUAAGGAGCACAAAACGGACCUUUAUGCAGAAAAAAAAGGAGAGAACUGCUGAAAACCUUAGUAACAGAUGCAACAGCUUCAGGAGUUAGAGGUAGUUAUUUAUAGGUUUAAAAUAUGCUGUGAAUGUAAAUUUCACAGGCAUUUUUUUUCAUUAUUAAUAAUUUAUCAGUCCUGAAUAUUGAUUUGCAACAAAUUUAGGUAUAAGAUUUUUUUUUUACUUUUUUAUGGACAUGUCACUUUUAAAGUUUGCCAAGAUUGAAAUUACUAGAUUUUGUUUAUUUAUAUGUCUUGGCAAACAUAUGCAUGUCUAAAACUUCACCCAAAGUUUGCACAAAUAUUACACUUGUCAAGUUGCUGUUUCUCCCAGUCUUCAAAGAAUCAGGGUUUGGGUAGCAUGUGUCGUCUGUCCUUGUCACAGAUCUUACACAGACCUUGUGUAAAAUACAGAAGGAAUACACAAAAAGUGCACAGUUUAGUGAUAUAGAGCCUCGUUAGACAAUCCCUGAUAGUGAUGGAAUUAGUGUAUAUUUUUAAUUGUACUUACUUUACAUGGUACUUCUAUAUAUAUAUAUUUAUUUAUUUUCCAAUUACUUUCCAAAAUGUGUUCUUAAUUUAACUUUAGCAGAAAAUAGAGUAAAUAUUCAGAUGUUGGUAUACAUGUUUUAAUUUAUGAUACUGAGCAUGAGAGAGAGGCCUAAACAUGUUUCCUAUAGUAAAAAACUCAUUAGUGCAAAUUUUGAUUAGAAUAUUAUAUAGAAAUGUGAAGAACUUGGUGUUAAAAGUUCUAGUAAAUUUUAAUAAUUUAAAUAUAGAUGUUGCCAUUACUGUAUUGAAAUGUACAUAAACAUUCAAAGGUCUGUAAACACAGUGCUACGAAAUGCAGCAAAAAAAUCACGCAGGAAAUUCUAGCGUUUGUUUCAACUGUUUAAACCUUUUUUCAACAAAUUUAAGCCUAAUUUGACAACUGUUGUGACCUCUUAGCUAUCUGUACUUGACAAAUUUGUUGUCUGUUAAAUGUUACAUAUGAAACAAACAGGAAAUCUGAUGUAUGAUACAAAACAGAUACCAGCUCUUCCGUACACAAACUGUAUUAUGCUUCUGGAUACACUGUUUAAAAAUUUGUCCGAGAACUUGUUUUCAACAUAUAAAUUAAAAGCAGACAUAAUUACCAGUGUCCUCAAAGUAACUGUUGUACAAUUUUUCUUUAAAUAAUAUUAUUAAGAACCCUUAUUAGAUUUCAAGACUAAUUAAAUUAGAUUUUACCUUUACGUGUGAAACAUGAAACGCAAUACGAGAUAGUUAAUAGUAUAUUACAUACUUAAUGCUCAGUUUUCUUUACACAUUCAGCUUAGAUGUGCCAUUUCUAAAAAUAGAUUGCUAUGAGCAAAUGCUAUUCUCGGAAGAAUUUUUCAAUGUGUAAUUUACCUCAGUGGUGAAACUAUUAUAGCAAUAUAAAUCUUUCACUAAAAAAAAAAAAAUUAGUAAUAUUUUUGUGUUAACUGAAUGUGUAAAGCAAACAUUUUUACCACAUCGUUGAAAGGCUUAAAUUUAUAUCAUGUUGUGGCAACAUAAAUGCUGAAACUAUUUUCAAAGCAUUGUGUGUUUACUGGACCGCAUUGUUUAUAUGCAUACAAUAUCUUGGUCAUGUGAAAUCUGAUCAGAUAGUAUUAUAAAGCAACUGAUAAAAGUAUAAAUCAUAAGGUCGGGAAACAUAAGUUAGUACUUCAACAACCAAAACUGCUACUCAAAAGCUUCAGAGCUAUUUGUAAUAAAUGUCAACAUGAUGGGCACUCGGGAAGAUGAUUAGUUGACAAGUUGAGCACUUGGAAAAGUCCUAUGUUCAGUUAGGAUAAGCUUUAUUAUUUACGAGAUAAUUUUAUACACUAAAGGAUAACAAUGUCGUCUGGCAAAGUGUGCUCAAAAAACUUAACAAGAAAUUUGCUAUAUUCCCAUAAUUGUGCUCAGAAAAGUGAAGUUAACGUUAGUUGAAAUUGUAUUAUUUAUAUAGUUAAAAGUUGAUUGAAUAAAAAAAUCAGACCUACUGCCCAUCUGCAAGAAUACUGCACUUGUGUAUGCUUUGUCCAAUUACACGUUGUAUUUAGCUUAGUCUUAGAAGCACAAAAAUUUAUUUUGGAACUAGGGUACAGGAUUUCAAAACCUCAUUUCCAAAUUCACAAAUUAUAUUACUAGAUAAUGUCUUACUUAUUAAGUUUCAUUACUAGGUCAUUAAAUACAAGGUUCUUAUGCUCAGGGUUAUUUAGAUUUGAAACUUCUUGACAACAGGCAUCCACUAUGUUUAUCCUGUUGGCUUAAGUGUUUUAUAUUGUAGAAUGUAUUAGCAAAUGCUCAAAGGUUUAAUCUAAGUCUUUUGCAUACUUAUUGCACUAAAUUAAUUGCAAGAAUAUUUUAUGUUUCACCAGAUAUGACAUAAAAUACACAGUUGAGAAAAGAUGGCAUUCUCGUGCAUAAUAAAUGCAACCUUUUUUUAGGGACUACUUUUGCAUUUUGUGUGUGUGCAUGUGUGUGUGAUUAUAUAUAAUCAAACACACACACACACACACACAUUUUUAUAUAUAUAUAUAUAUAUAUAUAUAUAUAUAUAUAUAUAUAUAUAUAUAUAUAUAUAUAUAUACUGUAUAUAUGAGAUUAUUCAUGUGUAUUAAACCUAGUCAUUAUUCUGUAAUGUUCAUGUAUUCAUAUGUGAAACACAAAUCACAUUUUUAUCCAGGUUCAAAACAUUAUUUGUAAGUCAGGGCAUUCACCACUCAUUGUGCGGUACAGAAGGAUAUAAUCAAAGAAUUACACUAAUGAGAAAUUUAAACAAUUAAACUACACUACCUAGAAAAUUAACAAGAUCUUCUAUUGUAAACAAUGCUUUCAACCCUUUGUAUUAGCACAAUGCCCACAGUGAGUGAAAGAAUGAGUUUAGUUAUACAACCCAUUUAAAAACCCAUUCUGUAUACUUAUAUCUUAUGUUGUAAUCAUGUGUGUAUAUAUUCUAAAGUUCACAAAUGAAAUGCUGUUAGCUCUUCAGUUGGGAAAACAUCUGUGAAGUGUUAUAUAUAAAUUAAAUAUAAAUGAAUAAGUUGGUUUCAACAGUGUUGGUACUGAAAAUGCAGCUUGAUAAUUGGUCACAGAGUAUAGAACAGUAUGCAUGUUGAUUUAUAUUUUGGGUUUUCAUGGCUUGCUGGUGGAUACAGAUAAAAUUUCAAUGUCGAUUAAAGAAGGGAUUUAGUGCAAUUUGAUUCAAAUUAAACUUUUUUGGUUAAUUACUUUACAUUAAUUUGUGUAAGAAAGGCUUUAAAUUUGUAUUUGGUGUUUCCUACUCCAUAAUAACACUUUCGUAUUCCAAGGAUGCUAAAAUUGCAUCUGUAAUCCGACAGUAAAAGUUCUGACGACACUAAAGAAAUGCAUCGUCCAAUUGGUAUUCAUAAACAUUCAGAUAUUCAUCUCUGUCACGCAUAAUUUACUUAAAUACAUUUUUGUGUUUGCAUCUAUUCUAUUCAUUUGUGAACAUUUUGACACCAAAUUUAUAUAUAACCCAAAAAUAACUUCGAAAAUAUAGUGAAAGUUUCUUGAACAAUAUUGUUUGCAUUGCUAAGUGGCCUUGAGAACCCAGAAUGUUUACACUUGGGAACACAUGGAGAGGCUGAACUGCCAAAGUGUUGAUGAGAUUUUAAUGGUAGUGCAUUAAAUGUUUUAAAAGUACAAGAAUACCAGCACAUAAGUAACUGACAAUGCCAGUAGUGUGUGUGUGUGUGUGUGUGUAUAUAUAUGAUGUGUAAAAAAUAUAUAUAUAUAUAAUGUACACUCCAGUAUAGAAUGGAAAAUAAGCCUUCCAUAUAGAAUGGGAAAAAUUUAUGCAUGCACACCUCAGUGUGUGUAUAAACAUACACAUAAAGGAAUAGGUAGUACCAGAAACUCAUACAUAUAAAGGAAUAGUAGUGCCAGAAAAAUACAUCGAUAAUUUAUCAUAACAAACAAUUCGGAGAAUAUGCUCCCUCAGUCCUAAAACAAAGGAAUAUGCAGCAAAGUUAGCUAAAAAUCAUUAAAGUUAAAAUUUAUAUAAAUCAGUAUCCAUUAACAAGACCAUGAUAAAACUUUAACAAGAAAUAUACAAAGUAAACAGAAAACAUUAUAUGUAAAAUAGAGAUAAAACAUCAAAAGAUGUAGCAAACUACAACAAAACAAAAAUUAGUGGGUGAACAGUAGAGUUGAACAGUUGGAAUUGUUUAAGAUGGUGGUCUCAUUUUGUUUACAGUAAAUAUACAUUUCAAGAUGUUGAAAUAUAGUCGAUGAGAAUUGGAAGUCAGAACAGUGAAAUUGCUGUGAGGGGGGGGGGGGGGGGGGGGAAAUUUUGAUCAAUUUUGAUCCGAAAUUGCUCCAUUUCGUCACGGUGAUCUCCAAUAGCAGAAAAUUCAAUUUGCCUAAAGGCCAAUCCUGUGUAGUAUGGGAUACCUGUGUGACAAGAGAUUACAGUUCAAACUUUUAAAAAGCUAAAAUCCGAGGUCACCAGAUCCAAAGUCAAAAGGCAAAGGUUCUUAUGUAAUUAAAUAGUUUCCAAUAGUAUGAUUAUUGGUAAACACAAACGAAGCUAAUUUGUGAAUAGGAAUGUCAAAGAAUAUUAUGAAGAUUUUCAGUGAUAGCUAACAGUAUCCAAAUAAGGAAAUUUGACGAUGAAUAUCUUUAGGGACUGCAGGAAUUUUGAAGAGGGAUAAAAAUUUAGCAUUCAAGAAUUUCCCCAAAAUCCUGUAAAAAAAUUUUCCAAGCAAAGUAUUUUACUGAAUUUUAAGCAAGUUCUUAAACAAGUUUUUGGUACAGUACUGUUAACUAUCACUGAAAGAAACUUAAUAAUAUUCUUAGACAAUUCUAUUCACAAAGUAGAUUUCAGUUUGUUUACCAAUAAUCAUACUACAUACUGGAAACUAUUUAAUUAUAUAGACAACCUUUGCCUUUUGACCUCAGAUCUGGUGGUGGUUAGCUUUUUAAAUGUUCUGUCAUGCUAACACAUACUCAAGGGCCGUGAUGAGGGUUCGAACUUAUGCCCGGGAUGAUCCCAGACGCGCCUUCGUCAACUGUGCCACAACAUGGUCAAAAGAAUUGCAAACUGGAGUGCUACUGCCCUCAUGAGGAUCCUGCAGCUUUUCUGAAGCACAAACUGGGGUUUCACACAAUUCCCCUCAUGCACCUGGGCUCUGUUAGUCAGUCUGGGUGCAUGGGGGAAUUGUGUGAAACCCCAGUUUGUGCUUCAGAGAAGCUGCAGGAUCCUCGUGAGGGCAGUAGCACUCCAGUUUGCAAUUCUUUUGACCAUGUCGUGGCACAGUUGACUAAGGCACGUUCGGGAUAAUCCCGGGCGUAGGUUCGAACCCUCAUCACGGCCCUAGUGGAUUUGUUCACUUGAUACAAGGCACACAGAAAUCACAAUAGCAAUAUGUUCAUUGCAUGGGAGCAUGCCUCAUGACACCUUGAAAACCGUAUGUGCGAGCUCAGGUCUCUCUCACCACACAGGUUUGUGCCAUAUGCAAGUUGCGUCCUUCGCUAUUAGAAAUCACCGUGAAUAAGCCAUCCUCACAGCAAUUUCAUUGUUCUGGCUUCCAAUUCCUAUGAACUAUAUCACAGCAUCUUGAAAGUGUACCUGAAUAAACAAUGUGACCGAGUUAAACAAUUCUGGGUCUUCUACUCGACUGUUCACUCACUAAUUUUUGCCUUGAUGUGAUGUCUUGUUUUGUUUUCUAUAUUGUACAUAACCUUUGCUCUUUUUGUUUGUAUAGGUUUUAUUGUCUUAGUCAAUUUAAUCGAUGUGGAUUUACUUUUAUGGAUGAUUAUGUUCGGUUUUACCACUGAUGGAGUAUAUUCUCUGAAAUGUUUUGAAUAAAAUUAAGAUGCAUCUCUCAGAUGCUAUUGUUCCUCAUAAGAAUGAAAUUUCCAAGAAGAUCAGAUAUAUAUACACACACACAGUACUGUGCAUGUUCCUUCACAGUAAAUUUGAUAAUAUAUACUGUAAUCAUAAAUAUAUUAGUUUGAGUGUGCAUUCCCACAUUAUGCUAUUAUUCUUCGUUACAAUGGGUGCCCUAACAAUAUUAGGGCACUAGUUCUAUCUACAUGAACAAUACUACAACAGUAUUUAUUUACAAAAACUAAUGUUAAAAUGAAUAUUUAACAGGAUGUUUAUUAUUGGACAUGUAUAUGCACAGAAUAAUACUUAAUUCAUGUAAUGUUAGGAAGCUUUGCUUCAUUCUAAAAUGAAACUCAUUCAAGAACUUAACCAAUUUGUAAAAAUGGAAAAUAAGAGAAACCACACAUUAUGUAUACGUUUCAUACAAUUUUAUAUACAUGUUUAAUAAUAAAUAUACACACAAAACAGCAGAAAUUCUGAAAUGUAUGUGUUAAGCAAUACAGUAGUUUGGAGACUACAGUAUGUUAUGCGAAAUAUUUUUUUAAUGUGAAUGGUAUAAGCUGUAUUUUUGUGAACAUGUCCUGUCUCUGGCCUUCAACUGAGCAUGACGUAUCUGUGUUUCAAAGUGCCAUUUUCUACUGUAAUCUCUCGAGUCAAACCAUAAAUGAUUAAAGUGGGCUAAAUAAACUGAACUGAUCAAA